GUAGAUACAGUCCAGAAAAUCAGCCCAAGAAAUAAAACUGCUAACACGAAAGAAACAUCGUAGGGUUUCCUUUCGCGUUUCGACAUUUUCUGCGUCCCCUUUUCUCUGCAGGAGCUGUGCCUGUGCAGCUUACAAAACGCCGGCGGUUUACGGACCGGUUCCUCGGUAUAUCAUUGUCGUUGCGUUAUUGAACGCCUGGAGCUUAAAUCCGGUUUUCUCGACUAUCACAUCACAGCUCUGCUGCUCUGCUCGGUUUUUGAUCAACUUUUAGGGUUCUCAUCUCGUUUGUGCGUGUAAAGGUGAGACUGUAGCAGGUUUCUCUUUUAGGAGACAGAUAUGUGGAAACGAGAGAACCAGAGAGAUGCAGGGGAAAAAUAAAGGCUUGCUGGGUGUAGUCUAGGCAACCUUGGAGCUCAAGUCCUUGCCUCAUUGGAGGAGCUGUUGACAUGACUGAGGGAGUAUUCUUCUAUGUUUUUUGGGGCCUGAUGGUAGUUAAAGAAGAGUUUGGAACUAAUCAAAGGUUUAAAGCUUUCCUUAUCAACUUGCUAGAUGGAUUCACUUGUUGGCAAGGACUGUGAAGUAUUUGUAAACUGGUUUGGAUUCAUGGAAAGAGGUACCUCGGGCACAAUCUUGUAUGUGAAUGCCUUGGCCAUGAUCAAUCAGAUCCAUUCUUGCAUAUCCAUGGCUGAUUCAGAGCCGGUUGUCAUGGACACUGAAUCAACUGCCUCCAUGGUGGAACAGCUUGGCAAGGCAUUUAUUGAGCUUGAGUCUCACAAGGAUGCUUCCGAGGAUACUGCUAAUUGGAAGGAAAUUGAAGAACAUUUUUGCAACCUUGAGAAAGUUCUUAAGAGCAGAUUUGAUGAGUUUGAAGAGAAGGAAAGGACCUUUGAGGAUAAGAAAUCUGAAACUUCCACACUGCUUGCGGAGAAAGAAGCAGUUGUUGCUGCUCAGGAACAAGCUUUUUUGAAUCGGGUUCAGGAGGUAAAAGAUGCCGCUGUUGCUGCCAUCCUGGAGGCGUGGGAGAAAUACAAGUCAACAUCUCCAGAGCCUGCUGAUGAUGGGGGCAACACAGAAAGCAAGGUAAGCAGCUCAUUCAAUGGUGACAACAAUGCAUCUGUCCCUGCUCCAGAGGAGGAGUCCCCUCUUAGAUCAGGUGAACAUGCUGAAGGCGUGGCUGUUGAAGAAGUUAAGCCACGUCCAGAGCUGACGCAAUUUUGCGAACAGAUGGAUGCAAAAGGGCUUCUGAAUUUCGUUAUGGAGAACUGGAAAAAUCUCGCUGUCCUGCGUCAGGAAAUUCAUGUUGCAUUGCAAAGUGCAACUGAACCAGCCCGUUUGGUGCUGGAUUCAUUGGAUGGGUUCUACCCUCCUGAUCAAACUAUCGAUCAGGCUAACAAGAGGGAUGCAGCCCUUCAGGGCAUGCGAAGAUCAUGUGUUCUGUUGAUGGAAGCCGUGGCCCCCUUGUUGGCGAGGGCUGAGCCAGGUGAUGAUCACCUUCUGAGCCCCGAAACCAAGCAGCAAGCCAAGGCAAUUGCUGAUGAGUGGAAACCUAAAUUGGCUGCCAUGGACAUUGAUGCUGCCAAUGGAAAUUCAUUGGAAGCAGAGGCAUUUCUGCAUCUCCUCGCAACUUUUAGGAUUGCUUCGGAGUUUGAUGAAGAAGAACUUUGCAAGCUUGUUCUUGCUGUUGCUCGUCGCAGGCAGACACCUGAGCUCUGCCGUUCUCUUGGGCUAACGCACAAAAUGCCAGGUGUGGUUGAAUCAUUGAUCAUCCGUGGGAGACAAGUUGAUGCAGUGCAUUUUGUGCAAGCCUUCCAGCUUACGGAGAGUUUCCCCCCUGUGCCCCUCUUAAAGACAUACUUGAAGGACUUGAGAAGAAAUUCCCAAGGGAAAGGUGCUGCUGGCGGCACCCAGAGUGAUGUUAACACACAGGAGCUGGCAGCACUGAGAGCCGUCAUCAGGUGCGUUGAAGAGUACAAGCUUGAAGCGGAAUAUCCACUUGAUCCACUUCAGAAACGAGUGGCUCAGCUGGAGAAAUCAAAGUCUGAAAAGAAGAGGACAGGAGAAGUGGUAAAACAUCAACCACCAAAAAAGGCCCGAGCAAAUGGAGGGUAUUAUGGGGCUCGCAUGCCUGUGGCUCCCAUGGAUAGGCAGCCUCCACCAGUUUUCAAUGAGAGGGGAGCAUAUAUGGGAAUGGGAGCAACAGAAAGGUAUCCUCAUGCUGGUCCAGCCACUUACGAUUAUCAAGUUCCUAGCCAGAGUGCAUAUGUCCAGCAGGCCAACACUCAAAGACCUUACUAUUAUCCUCAGGAUGACAGGGUCACAGCUACCUCGUACCCUCCUGCUCCAUCUAACUAUGGGGCCUAUAUGGGUGGUGGUUUGCAGUCUUCAAAUCAGUCCUACAUGUAAAACAGUUUUUUUUUUUUUUUAGAUGGAGUAUGAAGCAUUUACUGCAGGAACAAAUUUGUAGAGAUAACUUCUAGAGAGAAGUAUUUUCAGCAUGAUUGUAGUAGGCAGACCUUAUUUUCUCCCUUUUGUCAUACGGUCGAUCCCAAACCGAGACUUCAAACUAGAAUAGAUUUUCUUUUUGCCAUAAGCUAGAAUAGUUGAGCCCCUAAUUGUGUAGUAGUUUUCAGCCUUUCUUGAAAGAUUCCUAUUAUAUUAUAUAA